AGCCGAGAACCAGAGGAAUGUCCACAUCCGGGGCCCUGUGGCCGAGGCCCGGUUGCCAUGGCAGCGGGGCUGCUGGCAGGCCUUCCACGUUAAGGGCCGAUCUCGCAUCGCCCAGGAGGCCGCGCAGCGCCGCCACUAUGAGUCAGGGCACCGCGGAUCUAGCCUCAGAGACGGGAGAUGACAGUCUGUCUGCAAUUACCUUUGAUUCCGACUUUGAGACGAAAACAAAAAGAAAAGGUUUCCACAAACCUCCUUCUACAUCACCAAAGUCACCUUACUACUCCAAGCCCAGAAAAGUGACAUCCUGGCGGUCUCUGAAGACAGCAGGGAGCAUGCCUCUGAGCAGCAGAAUGUCCUUGACCCCACAGAAGCUGUGGCUGGGAUCCUCAAAGCCUGGUCACGUCUCUGGGACUUCUGUCUACAGAGAGAAGGAGGACAUGUAUGACGAGAUCAUCGAGUUGAAGAAGUCCUUACAUAUGCAGAAAAGUGAUGUGGAUCUCAUGCGAACAAAGCUUCGGCGCUUGGAAGAGGAAAACAACAGAAAGGAUCGCCAAAUAGAACAGCUUUUGGAUCCAGGUCGAGGCCCAGACUUUGUGCGAACCCUGGCCGAGAAAAGGCCGGACACUGGUUGGGUCAUCACCGGGCUCAAGCAGAGGAUCUUCAGGCUGGAGCAACAGUGCAAAGAAAAGGACAACACUAUCAACAAACUGCAGACGGACAUGAAGACCACCAACCUGGAGGAGAUGCGCAUCGCCAUGGAGACAUACUAUGAAGAGAUCCAUCGUCUGCAGACCCUCCUGGCGAGUACUGAAGCCACGGGAAAGAAGCCCAUAGUGGAGAAGAAGCUGGGUGUGAAGAGGCAAAAGAAGAUGAGCAGUGCCCUGCUGAACUUGACCCGGAGCGUGCAGGAGCUGACAGAGGAGAACCAGAGCCUGAAGGAGGACCUGGACCGCAUGCUGAGCAAUUCCCCUACUGUCACCAAAAUAAAAGGUUACGUAGACUGGAGCAAGCCCCGGCUGCUGAGACGCAUCGCAGAGUUGGAAAAGAAAGUGAGUUCUGCAGAAAACCCAAAGCCAUCUAAUUCAGAUCUGGUCAAGCCAAAUCCCCUGGUCCGCUCCUCCUCCAACAUCUCGGUGCAAAAGCAGCCAAAAGGAGACCAGUCCAAAGAGGACCAGCCCAAAGGGGAUUCGUCUGAGGACCAGGAGCCUCUUGAGGGAACCCUGAAGAUCCUGAAAGGGGAGCGGAGCGCAUUGCAGGCACAGCUGCUGGAGAAAGAUGUGGAGAUGAAUAAGCUGCUGCAGGCCAAGAUGGACUUGGAGAAGGAGCUGGAGAUGGCCAGAGAAGGCGAGAAGGAAAGAUGGGAACAGGAACAGGCUUUGAGAGAGGAAAUUGAAGUACUCACCAACAAGUGUCAAGAACUGGAAGAAGCUAAGAGACAAGAGAAAGACUCUGCUGUAGCAGACACCCAGGAGGCCUACCCAGAGCUCCACGCACCAUCACCCUGCAGCGGUCACUCCAAGCCGGACUCUGACAACGAUCCGGACUCCCACAACAGUGCUAGUGACGGGGCUGGCUCCCAGCCACCCACCCCAUGCUCUGAAGAGAGGAGGGAGGCUGCCAUAAGAACCCUGCAGGCCCGGUGGAAGGCCCACAGACACAAGAAAAGAAAAGCAGCUUUGGAUGAGGCAGCAACUGUGCUCCAGGCAGCCUUCAGAGGACACCUAGCUCGCUCGAAGCUGUUACGAAGCAAAGCUCCAGCCUCCAGGCCUCCCAGCCUGCCGGGUUCUCCCAGCCUUCCCAACCAGCUGCCGAGGUCUCCCACACCCAGUGUCCCGAGCCCCAUCUCCCCGCCUGAAGACAGCCCAGUACAAGAGGAGGCCAUCACUGUCAUCCAGUCCAUCCUCCGGGGAUACCUGGCCCAGGCCAGGUUCAUUGCCAACUGCUGCAGAGGGAUUGCAGCCUCGUCUCAGAAGGGCCCUGUCUCAGCCUCACCCUCAGGAUCCACCUCCCCACCCUCACCCACCCUCGCACCUUCUCCAGGAGUAAUAAGAGUGGGGCUCUGUCCCAAGGAGGAGCCGAGAGACACCGCUGCAGUUGAACCUGCACCCUCUCAACCCUCGGCCCCCAACUCCCCACAGGGUGGCCACUGGGACUGUCCACCCCCUUCUGGUCUAGAGGCUGUGCCUCAGUCCAGUGUGAAGGAUGUGCUAUGCUUGGAUGUGUGUGACGAAAGGAGCAGCAGUACCACAAGUGCUCAGCCAUCCCUGGUGGCGUCCUCUUCCCCAGGACUGCAGCCCAUGUCACCACCCCCUGUGGAGGAUAUCUGCUCUGAUGACUCGGAUGACAUUAUCUUUUCGCCGUUUCUGCCCAGGAAGAAAAGCCCCUCCCCAUUCUAGGACCCCAGUCAUUGCCUCCAGGUGAGGUGGCUGUGGGGACAGAUUAGAGGACUUGCUAACUGAAUUUGAGAAGAUGACCUAUCUUGCUAGGGCAAGAGCCAUGCCACGGGAACACCUCAGCCAUCGGUUUUCUUAUAUUCUGUGCCUGUGCCUUUGAGGGAUCCUGGUGGCUCUACCUUGCUCUCUGGGAAGGGCGGGUGACCACCUCCCGCUUCCAUUUCUCGUUGUAGCCCAUGUGUUUCCAGUGCCCACAGAUAUGUGCACUCCAAGUCAGGGCAGCAGGGAGUCCUGCAAAGAUGGGAACUCUUGCAGAGUCUACCACCUGCCCUUGACCUUGGCACUGUCAGCUGCCAUUGAGAUACAACCUUCCUCAUCCGGUGCUGCCCAGUGCCUUACAGGUCACACAACUAAGUCUCCUGUCCCCACAGCAGAAUGCAGUCAUAUGAAAGCUAUGGACUUCAGGGUCCCCAACCAAGCCCCUGUCCCAUGGGCUCCUUGUUUCCCUUUCUGUUAUCCCCAUCACCUCCAUCCCCGCCCUGGGAGAAUGAACUCUUGGAAGAGCACCAGACGGUGACACAUGGGGUGGUACAGCAGCUCCCGAGAGGCACCAAGAGGGUAGAUCCACAGGUCACCCAGACACAAGGCAGGGAGCAGGGCCAGGAGGCAGCCCAGCAUCCCAGAGGAGAGAAGUCCCAGAGAAGAGCAAACUCCAGUGUAGACCUAGGGACAGCCCUGUCACCUGGGUGUGCAGAGGCAUCUGCAGGCCACCAGUGCCACCUGGCCCACUCAGCAGCCAGUAGCUUGAGAUGUGUCCAUAGAUCACUGGGGAUAGGACUUCCUGGCCCCAUGUGGCUGCUUUUAUCUUAGGAAAAACCUAAUGCUAGAAGGUUCCUGCUUGGACUUGAUCCAUAGGGACACCAAGAGGUUUGCUCUUAGGGACCAUUUAAUCUUGGCCAUCCACAAAACACCAGCCUGAUACUGCACACAGCAGGCUGGGCAUGGGAACCUCAGGAUGGGAGCUAGAUUUGGCUUGGCAGCCAGAGGCCAGGAAGGGGAACCCAACUUUGUCCACCUGCCCCAGCGAGGGGUAAGUGCCCCUAAUACUGUGAUGGGACCAGGCACAGCUGCCAAGCCCUUUUCUCCACCAGGGGGCAAAAGACAACUCAGCCAUGACUCUGGCCUGCUCAGUUUUUUAUGCACUUGGCCUGUGGGCUAUCUGCCAAGUUAGUUUUCUUCCCCUUGAACUGAUGGCAAUUUUACCAAAUGGCAGCCGAGUGGAGCCCUCUGUAGAUGUAUCUGCCUCCCUACCACAACUUGGGUGUGUCCCCUGUGAUUGAUGCACCACUUGAAGCUUCAGACCCACCCACUAAGGCACAAGAAGGUGGCUACAGACUCGAGUGCCAGGAGUCCUCAUAUGGCUACUCUGUCCCCCCUUAUUUAACAGCAGCCAUUUGUUCUGAGAGUAUUGCGUGUUCUGAGAGUGAACAAUCAGGAGUUCUAGGUUGAUGGGGGAUGCAGGGUGGGUGUCUUCACUUUGGCUGCCCCCACCUCAGGAAAAGGGGCAGGGCUUGUACGUCUAAGGCUGACCUGUGCACCCAGCCUGGCCAGCGGGCAGUGAGGUCAAGAUCAGUCCCUGCACUUGAGUUUUCUGAGAACAAACCCCUGAAAACAGGAGAGCUUAUACACCCGCUGAGCUUUGGUGCGGCCGCUAAUCUAUUAAAGGUUAACCUGUCUUGAAGCUACCUCAGUAAA